GAUGGGGAUCAGUCGGCCAGGGAUAUGCUUGAGUCACAAAAUUAAGUUGCUGAAAGUUGUGAAUGGAGCCCAGAGCUUUGCCGUUACUUCUUAAAGCGCCCCGCGCAAAAGACCGAUUGCGAUUUGUGACUUGCGGUGGAAUCAUGCCAACAAGACGACUGUUAUGUUGUUGGAUUGCAGCCGCGGAUUGCUUGUAUUCAGGAUAUCGUCGAUCAAAUGUGCUAGAGAAGUAUAGUGGCCUAUUUAUGGAGAAAAUUACUUUAAAUUAAUAUAACAGCACCCUACUCAUUUUCACUUAGCAUAGCUGAGGGCAUACACGUUCUGAGAGACCUUCAUUCGGCAAGAUAUUGAUGUUAAUGGACGACAACGAGGAUGUGACAGAACUCAGCUGCAGUAGACGCAGAAGAAAACGCAGUCGGCUACAUUCGGUCUGCUGAAUGCGUCGUGUUGUGUAUGCUUCAGGCGCGGGAAGAGCAUUGUGUUCUGUGCGGGCGAUAUUUCCUUUAAUGCGAAUAAGCAAUACGCAGAGGUUAGAAGUUCGUUGUAACGGAGACGAAGAUAGCUACUCUGAGUUGUAAAUGGACUAUUUUUAGAUCACAUAAUCUCAACGGAAAAGAGGAAUUUGCUAGUUUUACACUAUACCAGAAACCACAGCUGGGUGAUCUAAGUGCUGUUCAAUUAAUUGCUGACCCAUUUACAGAUACCAAUUUUCAUUUUUGGCUUCAUCAAGGGCAUCUUUCGAUUCAUUCUGAUGUAGCUUAAUGAUGCCAUUCAGCCUUAUUUCGAAUGAAGUCAAUGCUUCUGGCUGGACAAUUAGACACGGGUUUCCGGAAUGAUCGGAUCGAAUUUGAUAGGUCAAAAUUGGAAAGACUAAUUUCUCAAAGAAUCGAAGGAAGGCGAUGGAACGUGGUACCAACUGUGGACUGAAGAAACGGACGGUCAGCACGGGAUGGCGUGGUAAAGAGAGAAGAGUUGUCAGUCUGGUAAACAUUUGUACAGCGUGAAAGUCAGCUACAUGUAUAUACUGGUUCCUAUCGGUGAAGAGUUCAAUGGUUAAUCGAGGCAAACUAUACUUGGUGAUACUCUGACAUGACAAGAUGAUAGCAGUGAUGAGCGCCAAGGGGAAUGAGCAAAUGGAGGCCACAUUGGUGGGCUUAUGUAUCUUAGGGUUCCUUACCAGUUGUACCGGCCUCCGGAAAGUACUAGACAACGGAACGGACGCCCAGGGACCCACUGAACACCCUCUUCUCAUUCCCAUCACGCUGCCAGUCAUAAAGAUACCAGACCUUAUACCGAUAGAGGGUGCUAGGGAAAACGUACAAGAUGGCGGCAAUCAGCUUCCUUUCGAUCCGAUCGCAUCGGAGUUUUCGGUCAAAGGCGAGGUUUACAUUCCUUUUGGAAGCAAGGAAAAUAUACGAAUGUGUCCUCGGCAGGUUUGCGGGGAGUCCAGCCGAUGUGGGAACCCGCACACUGACGGUUUCGCACAAUGCUAUUGCGAUUCAUUCUGUGAAAUAUUCAAUGAUUGUUGUUACAAUUACGAAGGUUGUGCAAAAUCAAAGAAAUUGGCAACAAAACUUGCAGCGGUUUUGAGAUCCAAGGAACAUUAUUUACGCUGCUCGUUAAAGACAGAUACGGUUCUUGUUUCCCGCUGUCCGGACGGAAGUGACGAUUAUUUUGCACGUGCGUGUCACUACAACGAUGACUCGACGAUCUACCGUGCAGCCCCCGUCACUGUGGCAAGUAUCCCGUAUAAGAACGUCUACUGUGCCCAGUGUUUCGGGAAAACCUUAUCAAAAACCAUAUUCUGGAGCAGUGACAACAACGACUUGGAUAUCAACAUCCAGAACGAAAUCGCGUCAUUUUUGAAUGCAAAAGCAAAACGAGAAUUUAACAGAUUCUUUCCACCUGCUGGUGAUCAAUUCCUACGGAUGUGCGAUCCGAGUUAUGAUUAUAAGCAAAUUUCACACCAGUAUUUCGGUUCAUCGAAUGUCAUCUCCACAUGUGCAGAACCUUUAAGGAACUCCAUCCAGGGUUUUGAGGAAUUUAAGAGGAAGUGUAACUUGUAUAACGCGGACGUGUUUUCUCUUCAGGAGAAGGGCCAUCUCCCUCUGCGCUUCAAGAACGUCUACUGUCUCCUCUGUAACGGGCUCAGUGACGAAAGUGUUGCGUGCCCUUUCAUCGGACACACCGCGUUGUUUCAUUUGCCAGGCGCGAUGAUGCCGCCCGAUUCGGACGUUGCGAUGCGGAAAGGCCCAAACUUUCGUGACUUAUUCCAUCUUGACCAUGAUGGUGAAGGACGUGUCAAGGGUUGUCCGGAGGGAAUGGUGUAUGACACAUUGUCGAAGGAGUGUCAGACACCGCGGCGUUGUGACGUCACGCAUACAGAAUGGCGCGGGGAGUGUAUUCGCAACCCUUUUGACGAAGCAUUUGCAAACCCAAUACACGGUGGCCAUGACGUCUUCACUGUCGAGAUGAAGUACACUUUUACUGCGCCGCUUGUGCUUAUCUUUGCGGAUGAUGAUAGAUUUGGAAACGACUGGAGUAAGUUGAUGUUGAAAGCCGUCGCGAGGACAUUGGAGGUGUUGGAAAGUGAUAUCGUUGAUUUAAAAGCGACUUUAAAACCUGUGAAUGUUAAAACUAAGGAGUUGUUGGGCGGAGAGGAGGUUACGUAUGGAAGUGGUACAGAGGUUAUGACGUCUUUCUUCUGUAGGAAGAAUAAAGACAGUCACAUUGGCAAUUUGGCAAUGAAAAUAAACGAAACUGCGCGUGCGUCAGUUUGGUCGGGCAUGACCUUUAAUAUCACAAAUUUAAAUGUUACGCGGCCUCUGAAGUGCGCCGAGGGUGACCUCAUUGAUAUCCGCGAGGACAUGGAAUUGGUGGACUUUCUGUCCUCGUGGGUGUUCCCCAAGGAGGCGGAGACAUUACGGCCCUUAGAAACAAUCAACGAAAAAGACCAGCUAUAUUUCAGCGUGUGCGAUGUCCAUUCAGAGAAAUUCAAAGGAUGUAAAAUUUUGAAUUUUAGCCGGGAUGACUUUGAGGCAAACACGACUUCUACUGGUCUCAUCUUCGUUGGUUCUGGAGACGAACUGUCGGUAGACUCGUACACGGUCAUUGGCGACACUGUCUUCGUCUGCCAUCGGGAAGCCCGUUUGUACGCGCAUACGGAUUCUGUUAGCGUAAUUCUAACCAUCGUAGGUCUUUCAUUGUCUAUACUAUUCCUCAUAUACAUUCUCGUAACCUAUGCUAUUUUCCCAAAACUGCGUACACUCCCAGGAACGAUGUUGAUGAAUUUAUGCGCCAUCUUGCUUUUUGCACAACUUCUAUUCGUGACAUCAACGCUUCCCAGUUCAAUCGCUGGUGUCUGCUAUGCAUUUUCAGUCAUUCAUCAUUAUGCUUGGCUGUCUACAUUCUUUUGGAUGAACGCAAUUGCAAUAAAUCUAGUGCGGACUUUCACAGUUGCGAUGACCUCUAUGAGUCGGUCAAGCCCGCGAAAGUCACUGAUAAAGUUCUGCGUGUACGCCUACGGUGUCCCCGGAGUCAUCGCCUUGAUCUGUGUGGUGCUGGAUACCACCGGUGGUGGCGCUAUCGGUUACGGCAUCAUGGACGGCUCCGGGACAUCCUGCUGGAUCUCCGAGAGAGACGGCCUACUUUACGCUUUCUUUAUCCCCGUCGCGACAAUCGUAACAGUGAAUAUUGGUCUCUUCGUAGCCACGGCAAUCUCGAUAGUCCGGACAAAAAAAAUAACUAAAAAUGCAACAGAACAGGGUGCGAGCAAGAUGGAUUUUCUUCUUUACGCAAAAAUCUCCACUCUUAUUGGGUUUACAUGGAUUUUAGGUUUCAUUGGAGCUCUGACAAAUGCCACUGCCAUCUGGUAUUGUUUUAUCAUAUUCAACACUUUGAGUGGCGUUUUUCUCGCUCUCGGGUUUGCCUUUAAUAAGCGCAUCUUCAAGAUGUGGCGCUCAACGAUCACUGAAGUGUCAGUCACAACAUCCGGGACCAGGAGUACCUCUCUCAACCGGAAGGAUACAACCUUCACCUCGACAGGCUCAGCCAAUGGAAAGGGCGAUUACAAGCGGGCCAAUACUACAGAUUCUGAAGUUUGAUCAGAAUGUUACGGAUAUUUUCAUUGUUUAGUACAAUCGACCAGUCAGUCAUACAGUCACGAAAAACUGCCGUGGGACUGACUAUGUAAAUACAGUGAACUUGGCGGCCGUGCGUCACAGACUACACAGUUUUGUAACUCAGACUUCACAGUCUUGUAAGACUGUACAGUUUUGUAACACUUCGUCGCCCCGUAUGACUGCCACAUGUUCUGAAAACAAGUACGAUGCCCGCAAUACCAUAAGACCGGUCAGUGGGAUAUUGCCGGUGUAGAAGUUUAAAAUGUCCUAGGAUAAAAUGUCCGGGAACAAAGGAUUCUAUUAUGCGCUUCAAUCUCUGAGCUAUUGACGGUCAGGGUCUCUAUAGAACCAUAUUGCAGAAUACAAUAGGGGCGGACACUUUUUCCAGGGGGACACUUUUUACUUUUACACCGGAAUACGUCGGUGCGUCAGUUGUUGCGCGACUAGGUGAUACAGGUCAUAAAAUAUGCAUGGGAUACUUGUGUUGAUAAGUGAA